CAGCUUCAGGCUGGAUGUUCAUUUUGCUGCUUGAAUAAGGUGGAUGUUCGUGUAUUUUUUGUUUCCUGGGAACGAGAAAACCAAGUGAACGUGUGACUCGGCCUGCGAGUGAAGGGUGAUAGGCCUAGCUGCCGCCGCUGUUGCGAAGGGUUUCCUCAGGCUUCCAUAUGGCCAGGCAAGGAUAAUAGACAGUGAACUGAGAAUUAAUGGUGUGUAGGAGGAAGUUCCCACAGCUUGCACUUGAGUUUUGAAUGACCUAGUUAUUUGUGAUGGAACCUCAAGGAACAGACCGAUCCCCUUCACCCUCUGGGUCAGAGGAGAUGGAGAGCAAUGCUGAUAGUGACCAUGAAGAUGAAGGUGAAAAUGAGAAGGAUUCGGAUAAUGAGAACCAGGCUGAUGACGACGACGAUGAUGAGGAUGAGGACAAGGAAGACUCGGAUGGUGACGAUAGUGAGAUGGAAACUGGUGACAAUGGGGAUCAUUGUGAGGACUCGGAAUCGCAGAGCAGCAAGAAUGUGGAUUCGCCUUUGAAGCAAAUGGGAAAGAAUAGAGAGCACUUGCAAGAUGGAGAAUCCAACAGUGAUUCAGAGUCUCGUGUCCGCAAGAAGCAGAAUGCAAAGAGCAGAGAUGAGGGUCAUACUCAAGAUGGUGAAUCCUAUAGUGCUGAUUCAGAGUACUACCCAAUGGCUGACUUGCCAUUAGAAGUAAUAACUGUUGUGGAGCCCACAAACUAUGCUUAUCCAGUACUGAAAAAUAUGUCUAAUGGUGUGCUGACACACAGGAACAUCUUUACAGAACAUGAGCGUUCUGUGCUAAAAGAAAUCAUCAACAAGUAUAGAAACAUAGUGGACACAAGAAGUCGCACUCGUGAAAUUUAUCUGGAAAAGCAAAGUGUUUGGCAGCAGAUUGUGGGAUACAACAGUACAGAGAACAUCAUGGUUCGCACUGAGAAGGAGCUUCGCAAAUGCUGGGACAACAUGAAGUACCGAGCAAAACAAGCAGAAAAAGAGAUGAUAAAGGUGGAACAAAGCUUUGCUGGAAUGGAGCAUGAUCUUCAGAAUCUUGCCCAGCAGGCUUUUGAGGAGGCAGCAAUGCAGGCGAAGGUGCUGCAGAAGGGAGGGAUUACGAAGACAGAAGGUUUAGCACCUGAGUUUGAGGUCAAAAUGGAGCCCCUAGACAAUGAGGAAGGCCAGUCAGCUUCAGCAGAUGAAGACGAGUAUGAGGUGGAUGGAGCCAGCAAUCCUGGAGGAGCUCUGAGCAGUGGUCUACCAGAGGAGGAGAGAGAACCUGCUCUGAAGAAAGCUCGGCAGGAGUCCCCCAAAUUGUCAAGCCUCCUCUUGGCAGCUGCAAAUAAGCGUUCUCCAUCGAAAAAGAGUGGUGGUCACAAGUCUUCCAGCGGAGGAAGCUUCCCAUACAACAUACCUGCCUGCACCAAGGUCAUGCACAUAAAAAAGAAGAACCAUUCCAAUGCUUCAUCUGCUCUUAAUGCAUCAUCAAAUUCAGAAAUUCCUAUUUUACCAAAAGGCUUAGCAUCUUGCCUCUCAAUCACCAAUAUUCCCAACCCUAUUAGCUCUAACAGUCAUUCUGGGCUUAGUUUUGGAACUCAUGGUAAGGAGCUGGGAUCACCAGGAAGCUCACCAAUCCAGCAUUCUAUGAAACCUAUGCCAAGCUUGAAGAAAAUGGUACCUGGCAAGCAUCAGUCAUCAGGCAGUGGGAAAAGUAGCAUGAAGAAAUCCAACUCACUAAGUUCAAAGACCAGAGGUCAUAGUUCAAACAGUUCUCAAAAUGUAAAUUCUGGACAUAAUCUGAAUUUAAAUCAUAGCAGUGUUGUGCAGGGUAACAGCGGCUUAGGAUCUCCAACUAACAGUGUCGAAAAUUAUGCAAGUGAACUGACAGACAGAUUAUUGAAUACAAAACUAGCCACUCAGCGUUUGGAAUUAGAGCGACGAGAGCAUGAAAUCAGAAUGAAACUCCUUGAAAAGGAGCUUCAGGCACAAACGUAUCAGUCCCAGUAUUGGUUCCUGAAGUUGAAAAUGUUGAAAAGUGGACGGGAAAAUGCUUCCUUCAACAUGGCUGGUGCUACUAAUGGUGAUAUUGAUUAACAGGGCUUAUUGAUAGGUCAGAUCUUACCUGUAGGUUGUGAGUUUGUGAUCUUUUCUGGGAGCAGAUAUUUUGAUAUUGUACAGAACAAAGCUACCUGUGUAUUUAAUUCCCACAGUGUAUUAUCUAUUUAUUUGGGGGUAAUGGUUUUUGUUGUACUGAGUAUGGUUGUUCCCCAUUUUAUUAUGGUUGUGUUUACAUCAGGCCCUUCAGUGUUGUGACUUAUAAUUUAGUUUUGGUUACCUCUUUUUAUAAUCAAAGCUCAGCAUUCGGAUAUUAUGCUUAGUAGGAGACAGGGAUGAUUUCAAAGGCCUGCUUCUUGUUUAUGUCAUUAGUUGUGCAUGGCCGUGUUGGUAAGUGAAGUAUCAUUUUUGUAUAGAUGUCAUUUAUGAAUAUGACUUAUAGAGAAGUAAUGUGAUUAGAAGAAAUAGAUAUAACUACAGAGUUAGCACUAAACUACUACCUCAUGGGUUAGUUAGUUGCCCUGUAAGUGUCUAAACAAGAAAAGAGAAAAAAAAUUGCAGUGCACCUGUAACAAACAGAGCAAAGAAAAGGAAAUCCCAACUUUUGUUUUGCAUAGUUAGAAUUUGCUCAUUAGAUUUAAAUUAAUUAAAGUAUAAUUAAAUACAGAGCUUGUCAAGAAAUGAGAGGUGCUUUUCAGUCAUUGCCGGUACACUUAUAAACUGUUACAGUGUUAAAGAUGUUUUGAAACUACUUAGCAAACACCAGCUUAAAGUGAUUUGCCUAAGUUGUAUUUAUUUUCAGGGGUUGUUCUCUUUUUAAUGGUUUUGGUGACAUUGCCUGGCCUAAAGGGAGUGAGAAAUAAUUGAGGCUAUUAGUGCUCAUGUAAGGUGAUGGGUGAUAUCUUAAGAGGCUUCAAUAUCAAAUAAGUCAUUAAAUUAUUUAGUUACAUUUACUUAUUUAUUCUGAAGGCGUUAAGUGUUCCUAGGAGUUUGGAGCGUUGCGUUAUUUUGUUGUGUAAACCUCACGUACACUUGAUGGAUGUGUCAUCCGGGAGUUUCAACAGUGGGAGUUGGCAAUUGUGUCUUCUCCUUUGGUCAUGUUUUGGUGCUGUGGAAUCCCCACUUUUCCCUCUCCUUUUUAUAAUGGUUCUUUUUGUCUGCCAGGUUCUCCAGUUGUGAAGUGUUUCAUAUAGAAUUCAGGUUAAUUAAAUUACUGAUUUAUAUACACCAAAUUUACACAGAAAAGCAUGCAUGCAAACAUACACAGACACCCAUGUAGUUAUUCACACAAGCAUAGCUGAUGCACAUGCAUGCAGUGGCAUAUUCAUAGUGGACAAACAUGCACACUUUCAAAAAGUUAAUAAUCAAACAAAAUUAAAAAAAA